AAAACUUCCUCUGCCAACACCAAUCUCUAUUAAGUCACUCCCGGGACGCGGCUCACAAUGAAGUUCGUGCCGGCAGGCGUCGUGCCCUUCGUGGCCUUGCUCCUGCUGCAGCGGCGGCCGGUGGCCGGCCGGGCGUUGUUGGUGACCGGCGCCGGCUGCCCCGGUCAUGGUUUGUGCCGCUCCAACGUCCAGGAGCAGACCCGCAGGCAGGUCGCGUUGCUCAACGCCACCGCCCAGGACCUCUUCAGCCUCUACCUGAAGUGCCAGGGAGAGCCGUUCAGCAGCGAGACGGACAGGCUCUGCAACCCCAGCGGCGUCUUCUUCCCCGCUUUCCGCGUCAACCGGACGAGCGAGAGGAAGGAGGUCAUGGUGGCCAUGUACAAGCUCUUCGCCUUCCUCAACGCCUCGCUGGGGAACAUCACGCGCGACCAAGAGGAGCUCAACCCGACGGCCAAGGAGCUCCUCGACCGGCUGCACAACACCACCAAGACCACCCGGGGCCUCAUCUCCAACCUCACCUGCCUCCUCUGCAAGAACUACAACGUCUUCCAGGUGGACGUCAGCUACGGGGAGAGCUCCAAGGGCAAAAGCGCCUUCAAGAAGAAGCAACAGGGCUGCCAGGUGCUCAGAAAGUACGUGCAGGUCAUCGCCCAGGCGGCCCGCGUCCUCCUACCUCAUCUCAGCCCCCCCUGAGCGCCCGCCCCGG